AUGGCACAAUCAGCAGAAUCGACAGCCACCGGCCAAACCUCUCCCAAAAGUCCUACUUCUCCAGGAAGAUCUAGCUUACCAUCUGCCAUGCAAGCCAUGCCUGAUUCCCGCCAACAAAGCUUUGAAGAAAUCUACGGACCUCCUGAAAAUUUCCUCGAGAUAGAAGUAACCGACCCCCAAACCCACGGCAUCGGCCGCAACAUGUACACAGACUAUGAAAUCAACUGCAGCACCAACAUUCCCGCCUUCAAGCUACGCAACAGCACCGUGCGACGCCGCUACAGCGAUUUUGAAUAUUUCCGCGACAUCCUGGAGCGCGAGAGUGCGCGCGUGACGAUUCCGCCGCUCCCUGGAAAAGUAUUCACGAACCGCUUUAGUGACGAUGUGAUUGAGCAUCGAAGAGAGGGGUUGGAGCGAUUCUUGCAGAUUGUGGUGGGCCAUCCGCUUUUGCAGACGGGUAGUAAGGUUCUGGCCGGUUUUGUGCAGGGUAUGUUUGUUUUUCUUGUUCUUUGA